UAUUAAUCCAACUCUCUCUCUGAUCUUUUUCUCUCUUUCUUUCUCUCUCAACAGAUACGUAUCCUCUAUAUCAAAACCUUUUGUCCUUCAAAUUCAUUUCAAUCAAUCAGACUCUUCAUUUAAGGGAAAUGGAUGUUAAAGCAAGGGGCUGUAGCGCAGACGUCCAGAGUGAAGAGGAGAUGGACUUGAGAAGAGGUCCUUGGACUGUUGAAGAAGACUUUAAGCUCAUCAAUUACAUUGCUACUCAUGGCGAAGGCCGAUGGAACUCUCUUGCUCGUUGCGCAGGUCUGAAGCGAACAGGAAAGAGCUGCAGAUUACGAUGGUUGAAUUAUCUCCGACCCGAUGUUCGACGUGGGAACAUCACUCUUGAGGAACAACUCUUGAUCCUUGAGCUUCACUCUCGAUGGGGCAAUCGAUGGUCCAAAAUAGCCCAACAAUUGCCUGGAAGAACGGACAAUGAGAUCAAGAACUACUGGAGAACCCGUGUCCAGAAGCAUGCGAAGCAGCUUAAAUGUGACGUGAACAGCAAGCAAUUCAAGGACACCAUGCGUUACCUCUGGAUGCCUAGGUUAGCUGAAAGAAUUCAAGCUGCUGCUGCUGCAGCCACCGCCACCUCCUCCACCUCCGUUACCACCACCACCACCACCACAUCCGCUUCCGCCGCCACGACGGCGCCCAACGUCGGCACGGGGCAAAUGGUCUUGCCUCAUGGGGUUCUAGGAAAUGACUUUGGACGUGCACAAGUAACCCCAAGUUACACCCCGGAGAAUUCAAGCACCGCAGCCUCAUCAGACUCUUUCGGGACCCAAGUCUCGCCGGUUUCCGACCUGACCACCGAUUAUUACAGCAACAUCCCGGUUUCCAACAACCCUAAUCCGGAUAACUACUUCCAAGCUAGCCAAGCCGGUUACUCUGACUCCCUGAUAAGUCCCUCCGGUAAUUACUACAACCAUGGCAUGGAUUUCCAGUCCAUGGAGCAGAACAACACCAACAACCCCUGGUUAGAUGGUGGUGAUGAUGCAUCAGACAAUUUCUUCAACCCUGAGGAUUUUUACUUCUUACAGCAGCAGUUCAACUUCAACAUGUGAAAAAAUAUUUAUCAAAAUACAAUAAAUGGAGGAAAAAAAAUUGAAAAACUCAACAUGUAGGGUAAAAAAGGGAGAGGGAGAGAGAGAGAGAGUUAGAGUUAAAAAAAAAAACUGAAUAAUAUAUCAGAACAGCUAUAGAAUUUGGAUCAAUUAGUUUGUAUUUUGUUACUUUAGGUCUUUCCAUUUUUUAUUUGGGGGUGGUAAAAGGAAAAAAAAACUUGUAAUUUGAGGCUUUUGUUUUUACUUAAUCUCAUUCAAUGAUAUUGACUUAAUUGAUUUUCU